ACGGUCAUAUUCUUGUUCCUUUUCCACCGUCUGAUUAAGAUCGGACGGUGAUAGAUGGAGGUUCCUCUCUCCCCUUUCUCCAACAUCAUCUUUACCAAGCCAUGAUUUGUUUCCCUCUGGAAGUAAAAAACAAGAAGAGGGUUGUUUCAAUCUUGAUAUAUAAAAUAACACAGUUGUAUAUGGGGUUUAACUUUUUUGGGUAGUGGGGCUUUGGGAAGUUACUUCUUUUUCUUCAGUUUUUCUCUGUGGUGAUUAUAAUGAUGAUGAUGAUGACAGUUGAUUUGUCUGUUUACAUGCAUGUAUGAGGGCUUAAGGGGUCAUUAUCUUGGGGGGUUGGUGUAGAUUUUGGUUAAAGUUUUAGCUAGGAUUUUCUUGUGGGGGUUGUUUGAAAUCUUGUUUGGUGAAAUGAGUUGCAUAAAGAUUCAAUUUUUAGGGUGUUGAUUUCAGCUAAGCUGGCAUGGGAUUGUUGAAAGUGUAUUUUGCUGAAGUGGGUAGCUCAAAGUUUCAGUUUUUCUGCUGCAUUUCUGGGAAAAAAUGUGUUCAGAGUUUCUACAUUCAUGGUGUGAGUUCUUCUUCUUUCAAUUCUUUGGGAAAUCAUAUUUCUAGAUAAUGAAUUUUAUUGUACUGUGAAAGUUUUGGAAUCCGAUGAUUUUUUUUUGGUAGGUAUUAAAAUUGUUGAUAAUAGGAGAUUCUUUCCAAUUCUUUGAUUCUUUCUAUUUUGGUGUUUGUGUAUUGUUGUUGAUUCCAUUCUUUGUUGCAUAUAGAAAUAUUAUAUAUAGGACACACAGAUAUCACAUUUUGUUUUUUGGCAUCGGAUUCCAGUUUUUGUUUUUCUUGGAACUUCACACACACUCACAUAUAGACAUUGUUCUGUUUCUCUUGGAUCAUCUAUAGAAAUUUAGCAUUAUCAUAUUGUAUAUUUCAUAGUGAAAAUAUAUACAUAUAUAGAAAGAUAAGAGAGACAGAGACAUAGAGAAGAAAAGGGGUUGGGUGAGUUGGAGUUGAAAAGAAAAGAAAAAAAUUGGAAGGGUGUGAAGAAUGUUGGCUGGUUGUUCUUCUUCAUUGUUGUCACCUAGGCAUAGAUUAAGGAGUGAAGCAUCUGCACAGUUUCAAGCUUGUAAUUUCCCUUCAAUGAGCACACAAAGAUUGGACUUGCCAUGUAGUUUUGCUAGGAAAGAUACCUCAAGGUCCCAGUCCAUUAGUAGGCCAGUGGGACUUUCUGUUGAGAAGCCAAUUGAAGCGAAGAACAGUACUUGCUCUCUCAAGCAGAACAUUCGUCUACCGCCAUCAUCGACAAGUGCUCAGACAUCAUAUGUAGAAGGUAGGAGAGAAAGCAAAGAUGAAUUUUGGGAAAAAGGUAGGAGCUUGAAGAGGUAUGCUGAGCAGGGAUGUAUUGAUGAUGAGAGCUGCAUGAGCAGAGCUAAGAGGAAAAAAAGUAAUAGGAAGUCAGGUGAUUCUUCAGAAGAUGGCUAUGAUCUGAGUUUGAGCCAAUUGGGUGGUGGCGAUUUCUGGUUACAAUCAGGUUUCAAUGCGGCGCGAUCAGUUCCCCUAAUUGCAGGCCUUCAUCCACCUCAAGCAGCACCAUUCUCCUUUUCUUGUUCCGGAGAGGAAGAGAGUGCAUGUUAUGUGCCAAAUGAGGUGAUAUCACCACCUCUGCCUAUGUCAAACAAUCCUUGGAUUGAAUCUGUAGUGACUGAGAUUACUAAUUUUGGUGACAAGAAUGUCUCAACAAGUCAAGAUCUUGCCAGAGAGGCCUCAGUAUCAAGUGCUUCUUUAGACAGUCAUGGCUUGGUUCUUAGGCCAAAUGAGAAUCUCGGGGAGCAUGAAGUAGGCAAUGGUUCUAGCCUACCUAAUCCAAAUGACAGGGGUGAAGUUGUAACAGCACAUAAUGGGCAUAAUAACCACAGGGAGGAGGAUGCAGCUGAGCUGAUCAGCUUACUUGUGAGUUGUGUUGAAGCAAUUGGCUCAAGGAAUGUUACUGGCGUUAAUCAACUGAUAGCUAGGCUAGGGCAGCUUGCCUCUCCAAGAGGGUCUCCAGUAAGUCGGCUAACUGCUUACUUCACCGAAGCUUUAGCUUUGCGUGUUGCAAGGAUUUGGCCUCAUAUCUUUCACAUUAUACCCCCUCGGGACCUUGAUCGUUUAGAUGAUGAUAACAGUACAGCAUUGAGGCUGUUGAAUCAGGUUAGUCCAAUUCCAAAGUUCAUCCAUUUCACAUCAAAUGAGAUUCUGCUUAGAGCUUUUGAAGGCAAGGACCGGGUUCACAUUAUUGAUUUUGACAUUAAGCAAGGGCUGCAGUGGCCUAGCUUGUUUCAGAGUUUGGCUUCUAGGCCCAACCCUCCUACUCAUGUUAGAAUUACUGGUAUAGGAGAAUCAAAGCAGGAUCUUGUUGAAACAGGAGAUAGACUUGCCGAGUUUGCUGAGGCGUUGAAUCUGGCUUUCGAGUUCCAUCCAGUUGUUGACAGGUUGGAAGAUGUACGGCUAUGGAUGCUUCAUGUAAAAGAGGGAGAAAGUGUUGCAGUGAAUUGUGUGUUGCAGAUGCAUAGGCUUCUAUAUGAUAGUUCUGGGGGGAUCCUGAGGGACUUUUUGGGGCUGAUUAGAAGCACAAAUCCCACCAUUAUUCUGAUGGCAGAGCAAGAAGCUGAGCACAAUGAGCCUAGCUUGGAAGCAAGACUUGUCAACUCACUUAGAUACUAUGCUGCUGUAUUUGAUUCUAUUGCUUUCAGUCUUCCAUUAGACAGUCCUGCCAGGAUUAAGAUAGAGGAGUUGUUUGCUCGGGAUAUUAGAAAUAUCAUUGCUUGUGAAGGACGAGAUAGGACUGAAAGGCAUGAAUGCUUUGGGAAAUGGCGGAAGUUGAUGGAACAAGGGGGUUUCAGAUGCACUGGGAUUACAGAAAGGGAACUGCUUCAGAGUCAAAUGCUGUUGAAGAUGUACUCAUGUGAAGACUACAGGGUCAAAAAGCAGGGGAAUGACGAUGCUGCACUUACUCUGAGUUGGUUAGACCAGCCUCUAUGCACAGUCUCCGCGUGGACACCCAUUGAUGCUGCUGGAAGUUCAUCCUCUUAUUAUCAGCCAAGUUGAUUGAUUUUCUUUCGUCGAAACUCUUCAUUCAUUGAUAGACACACAAGCCGUUGUUCUUUUCGUACACAGGAAAAAAGGUUAACAAAUUCUUUGUAGAGGUAGUGUCAUUCUUUCAUUCUUUAUUGCAGAUAGAUUUGCCAAUCUGGUAAGAAAAGAAAAUCUUUUAGAUAAAAAUGCAUAGGUGUCGGGGUUCAUUUUGUUUUGGUACCUUUGAUUUCAUAUUUGUAUUCAUUCUUUAUUCUUCUUGUAAGCUAGGUAUUCUUUCUUACUUCAGUAUAUUCAGUCAGUUUCAUCAAUGUAUUAUUUCUUUGGUUGUAAUGAUUUGUCAUUGUUUCUCAUUCAAUUGUAGCAAGAAGUUGUCCAGAUAUUGUUUUCAA